GGGCUGGCAGCGGAAGCGGCCGUCGGCCGGCUGACCCGUGCACCAUGGCGGCUGCGGCCGCCUCCCCGGCGUUGAAGCGACUGGAUCUGCGCGACCCCGCGGCGCUUUUCGAGACUCAUGGAGCUGAGGAGAUCCGCGGGCUGGAGCGCCAGGUUCGGGCCGAGAUCGAGCACAAGAAGGAGGAGCUGCGACAGAUGGUGGGAGAGCGGUACCGCGACCUGAUCGAGGCGGCCGACACCAUCGGGCAGAUGCGGCGCUGCGCUGAGGGGCUGGUGGACGCGGUGAAGGCCACCGACCAGUACUGCGCCCGCCUGCGCCAGGCCGGCUGGCCGCGGCCCCCGCGCGCCCCGCAGCCACAGCCACCAUCCCAGGAGAAGUUCUACAGCAUGGCUGCCCAGAUCAAACUACUCUUAGAAAUCCCUGAGAAGAUCUGGAGCUUCAUGGAAGCCUCUCAGUAUCUCCAUGCCACACAGCUCUACCUGCUCUGCUGCCACCUUCACAGUCUGCUCCAGCUGGAUUCUUCUAGUUCCCGAUACAACCCCAUCCUUUCCCGAUUUCCUAUACUCAUCCGGCAGGUAGCAGCAGCCAGCCACUUCCGAUCAACCAUUCUGCACGAAAGCAAGAUGCUACUCAAAUGCCAAGCUGUGUCUGACCAAGCUAUAGCUGAGGCCCUCUGCUCUAUAAUGCUCUUAGAAGAGAGUUCUCCCCGCCAAGCCCUCACCGACUUCCUGUUGGCCAGAAAGACAACUAUUCAGAAACUUCUCAACCAGCCACACCAUGGUGCUGGCAUCAAGGCCCAGAUUUGCUCUUUAGUGGAGUUGCUGGCCACCACUUUGAACCAGGCUCAUGCCCUUUUCUACACUUUGCCAGAAGGUCUGCUGCCAGAUCCAUCCCUGCCGUGUGGCUUGCUCUUCUCUACUCUGGAGACCAUCACAGGCCAGCACCCUACUGGAAAGGGCAUCAGUGUUCUGAAAGGGGAGAUGAAGCUCUGCAGCUGGUUCAGACGCCUGCCAGCAUCCGUCAUCAAGUUCCAGCCAGCACUCCGAACCCUUGCACAUCCCAUCAGCCAGGAGUACCUGAGAGACACGCUGCAGAAAUGGAUCCACAUGUGUAACGAAGACAUCAAAAAUGGGAUCACCAACCUGCUUAUGUAUGUGAAGAGCAUGAAGGGUCUUGCAGGGAUCCGAGAUGCCAUGUGGGAGUUACUUACCAAUGAGUCCACCAGUCACAACUGGGAGGUGGUGUGUCAGCGGCUUCUGGAGAGGCCACUCUUAUUCUGGGAGGACAUGAUGCAGCAGCUCUUCCUGGACCGGUUACAGACUCUGACAAAAGAAGGCUUUGAAUCCAUCUCCAGGAGCUCCAAAGAACUCCUGGUCUCAGCUUUGCAGGAGCUUGAGAGCAGCACCAGCAACUCCACAUCAAAUAAGCACAUCCACUUUGAGCAGAACAUGUCUGUCUUCCUCUGGUCAGAGAGUCCCAGUGACCUGCCUCCAGAUGCUGCCUGGGUUAAUGUGGCAAACCGGGGUCAGUUUGCCAGUAGUGGCCUCUCAAUGAAAGCCCAAGCUAUCAGCCCUUAUGUACAGAACUUCUGCUCUGCCCUAGAUUCCAAACUGAAGGUUAAAUUGGAUGACCUCCUGGCUUACCUUCCCUCUGAUGAUGUGCCUCUGCCCAAGGAUGCUGUCCCCACUCAGACCAAGAGCUCUGCCUUUGACAGAUAUGCAGAUGCUGGGACUGUGCAGGCCAUGCUGCAGACGCACUCGGUGGCAUGCAUCAAGCACAUCCUAGAUGGCAUCCAGGUGGAGCUGCAGAACAUUGAGGAAGUUGUGCAAGGCCAGCAGGAUGUGCUCCAAGGCACCAAGGUGCACGCCGUGCUUUUCAUGGCCAGACUCUGCCAGUCUCUAGGAGAACUGUGCCCCCACCUGAAACAGUGUAUUGUGGGAAAGUCCAGGAGCUCUGACAAACCAUCAAGGGAGGCUAGGGCUCUGAAAAAGCAGGGGAAGAGCAAAGCCCAGGAAAUCCUUCCUGUACAGGCCAAAUGGCAGGAAGUUAAAGAUGUACUCCUCCAGCAGAGUGUGAUGGGCUACCGGGUCUGGAGCUCAGCGGUCGUGAAGGUUCUGAUUCAUGGAUUCACCCAGUCAUUGCUUUUAGAUGAUGCCGGUUCAGUCCUGGCCACAGCUACCAACUGGGAUGAAUUAGAAAUUCAAGAGGAGACAGAGUCUGGCAGCAGCGUCACAUCGAAGAUCAGACUUCCUACACAGCCAUCCUGGUAUGUACAGUCCUUCCUGUUCAGCUUAUGCCAGGAAAUUAAUCGGGUUGGAGGUCAUGCUUUGCCAAAGGUGACGCUGCAGGAGAUGCUGAAAAGCUGCAUGUUUCAAGUGGUAGCUGCCUAUGAGGAACUUUCUGAAGAAAAGCAGAUUAAGAGAGAAGGUGCAUUCCCAGUAACCCAGAACCGGGCACUGCAGCUCCUCUAUGACCUGCGCUACCUCAGCAUCGUUCUGACAGCCAAGAGUGAGGAGGCGAAGAGUGGCCGCAACAAACCAGACUCCAGGAUUGAGAAAGUGACUGACCAUCUGGAGGCACUCAUCGAUCCAUUUGACCUGGAUGUUUUCACGCCACACUUCAACAGCAACCUUAACCACCUGGUGCAGCGGACUUCUGUUCUGUUUGGUUUGGUUACCGGCACUGAUAAUCAGUUCACCCCCCGGAGUGGCACAUUCAACUCCCAGGAGCCCCACAACAUUCUGCCACUGGCAUCAAGUCAGAUCAGGUUUGGACUUCUUCCACUGAGCAUGACAAGCACUCGGAAGGCUAAAUCAACCAGCAGAAGCACUGAAACAAAAACCCAGGUACCUCUGCUCAUUUGUUUCAAAUCCACACCAAUCUUUCCAGUUUAAGUGAUGGAAUGAGACCCCCUGUCAUAUUAGGGGUGACUUCAAGCAAAAGUAAAUCCUUGUCCAAUACUUUGACAGUCCUUGUUACUUCAGGUAUCAGUUCGGGCAGCUUAUGUUUCUUCAGUACUUGUAUGUGCUUAAUUUUCUCCACUGCAGGGGGAAUUUUCAGUGAGAUCACAUAAGCUUCUGAUACAAGUUUGUGAGUAAGACAGUCAUUACUACUCCUUGACUUUUGGAACUGUGCAGUAGAGUCUGGGGUGCAGACUCUGAAAGGAAUAUUGGUACAGAGUUAACCUGGGUACACAAGGACAUCCUCCCUAGAAAUACAAAUAUAUAACAGAGAGGAGACAAUUACUAGGGAGGGUGCUUCACUUCCACAAUCUAAACUGGAUGGAUCCGAUUAUUCUCCUGUUACAACAGAGUACUUUCCACAGAACAUGUACAUACUAAGAGGUAGUAUGGCAGUUAAUUUCAGUGCAAGACUGAAUCAAGCUUACUAUAUUUUGGGGAAAAAAAAAAAAUACCCUUGUGUUUUUUCAUGGAAACUAGAUACUCUUUACUAGUUUAUUGAAUUAAAAAAUUGAAGAUCCCGCAUUUUUAAAAGGCCCUUUACAUAAAGUAGAACUUCUAAUUGACAGAUUUGAAGAUCAGUCUGAACUGGACACACUAUGGAUGCAACACACAGAUGAGAUUUCCUCACACCACUUCCUUGACAUGGAUUUGAUACCCUCCCUCAAAAGAAUCCUAUAAAAAAAUUGCUUCAAAGCCCCUUUGAAAUUGCAAUAGUGCAGCAAAACCACAAGUAAACAAUUGCCUGUUAACCUGUUAUUUCAAAUAUAGACUGAAAAGCCAACAGGCA